AUGGAAGCCGGGUGCACCAACUUGAAAUUUGUGCCCCUCCAAAAGCCAGCGCAUCCGGCACGAGACAAGGCUGACCCCAAGCUUUCCAGUUCCGGCCAUUCGGGUCGUUUCGGCCACGAGUUCCUUGAAUUCGAUUUCCGCGUUGUUGGGGAUGGUCGCAGCGCACUCGCGCGAUACGCCAACAACUCUAACUAUAGGAAUGACAGCCUCAUUCGCAAAGAGAUGUGCGUGAGUUCCACGGUGAUUGACGAGAUUCGAAGGAUCGUCAAGUCGAGCGAAAUUCUCAAACGACAAGAAAUGGCCCCAAAGAAUAAGGAUGGUCGCCAGGAACUCGAGAUCAGGCUCGGAGGAGAGCACGUUUCUUUCGAGACGGCCAAGAUCGGAUCUCUCGUCGACGUGAGCGAAUCAGCAGAUCCGGAGGGACUUAGGGUUUUUACUAUUUGGUCCAAGAUCUUAAGGCCCUUGCACAUUCCUUAUGGAUUCCCUAGGUUGCUGCGCCUCCGCCCUUCGGGCGACGACUCACCUUAUGUCGAUGGCGUGACCUCGGCUUCCUCACAUGCGAUCAACGCCCAGCCCACGAGGCAAGACCAGCCUUCCACUGACGAAACGAUCCAAACAAGCACUUCCGGCCCGGUCUCCACCACCGGCGCCGCCGGCGCCACGCGACGGCCCCGACGCAGCCAACAGCCCCUCGAUCAGCAUAUAAACAAGCCCUUGCGACGCCACGUGUGGGCGUCGAAGAAUCGACAAUGGACCAGAGUGACAGUCGAUAAGGAACGGGCAGAGUUCUUCGACACCCGUGUGACGGGCCGGCCCGAGGUCUGGGCCACCCUCCAUGCCGUUCUCCAGAUGCUUUGGGCUCCGGACACGGAGAGCGCUUCUGGAGACGGGGUCGAAGGGCUCGCGACGGCUCAGAGCAUCCUUGACGCGGCGGAAAUUACCCUACCCACGGGCAACUUGGCGCAGGGUGCGUACGACGCCCUAGGGAACUACUAUGCUUUCCACGAGUGGAUAAUAUCCGAUCCUACCAACAUGGAAUCGGACGACCCCGACGAUGAAGAGGCUUCCCGCCGGAGAGAAGAGAAGGGCAAGGCCGUUGUCGACGUCCGGGACCUAAUUACAGUGUUUGCCCGCCUCAGCGAGAACUCGCGAGAUGUCAAGAUCUCUGUAGCCAAGACCGACGCUGUUCGGGUCGUGGCACGGAAGAUUUUAGAGGAGUCUGGCCUCCCCGCGAAUCGAUCCGUCCGCAUCGCCUACCUAGGCAAGAUUCUAAGGGACAAUGCAUCUCUCGAGGACCAGGGCUGGAAGUCCGGCCACAUCAUCAACGCCCUCGUUUUCCAGCGCUAG